UAUCAAAACACACAUACAAACCAAAACCCACAAGACCCAUAUGGCCGAAGUACCUCUAACCAAGUCCAAAUCCAACUCCACCCAACAAACCAUAGGAGACAAGACUCUCAAUGGAGUGGGAAACCUCAUCAAGCUUCUCCCCACAGGAACUGUCUUCCUAUUUCAGUUCCUCUCUCCUGUCUUAUCCAAUAAUGGCCAUUGCUCAACCAUCAACAAGUACUUGACUGGAGCUCUCCUCACUCUCUGCAGCUUCUCAUGUUGCUUCUCCUCGUUCACAGAUAGCUACACAGGGAGUGAUGGGAUAAUUCACUAUGGCAUCGUCACGAAAAAAGGGAUGUGGACCUUCUACAAAUCAGACACAGGGUCAGUGGACCUCUCAAGCUAUAAGUUACAAUUUAGUGAUUUUAUCCAUGCAGCAUUAUCGUUGAUCGUGUUCGCGGUCAUGGCACUCAUGGACCCCAACACCGUCAGUUGCUACUACCCGUCGUUCGAAUCGAACCAGAAGAGGGUGCUUAUGGCCGCGCCGCCGGUCAUUGGCGUGAUAUCGACUAUGGUUUUCACGGUUUUCCCAAAUAAACGCCAUGGCAUUGGCUACCCUCCAACCCAGGCUUCCGAAGACUCAACCCAAGCUUCGGAGAACUCUGCUUAAGCAUGCAAUGGACAUGGAUACCAUUUCCAUGUGUUAUGAUUACAUAAGUGAAUUUGUGUCAUUUAUUGGGAUUGUGUUGUCCACUUAGCGGUUAUAUCAUGGUUUGUAUUAAAAAUGUUGGUUUGAUUAUUUAUUAAUUAUUAUUUGCAUA